AUGGACCUCGAACGCGGCGAGCGGCGCCCGCGUCGCGAGGGCGAGCGACGUCACCGCGACGACGGCCGCGGCGAGCGACGCCACCGCGACGACGGCCGCGGCGAGCGGCGGCACCGCGACCGCGACAACCCGCGCGAGCGACGCGAACGCGGGGACCCGCGCGCGGGCCACGGAGGCGAAGCGCGACGAGGCCCACCUCGACCGGGGCGACGACGCCCGCCGCACCUGAUAAGACGACAUAAGAAGCCGAAGCCGCCCGGGCUUCACGUCAUGGGCGUCAAGGUGACGUUCUGGCGCGUCUCCCUGCUCGCGUUCCUCCUCGCCUUCUGCGUCGUCGCCGGCGCGUGGCUCGCGCCGUCGUACGAGCGCUACAAGAACCGCCCGUCCACGGUCCGCCAAUUCUGCGAGGUGCUCGACUCGAACGCCGACACCGGCUGCGUCGCGGUCCGGCUGCUGUACGAGUCCGACUGCGACAACCCGUACGCGUACAACAGCGCCGCGGAGGGCGGCGGGACGACCAAGGCGCAAGACAAGGCGGCGUGCGAGGCGAUGAUGAAGCGUCUUUGCGUCUAUUCCGACGACCAAAAAGCCGCGAGCGACGCGUGGCCGCCGGACCCGAACGCGAUCUCCCCGGACCUGCGAGCCGCGUACGUGGCCAGGUACCCGAACGCGACCGAGCACGCGUGCUGGUACCCGCCCGGGGAGAUGGAGAGAGGGAUGACGUUCACGCCGCCGCGGGAGUACUGGGACGAUUUUUUCAACGCGUUGAUGACGAUGAUUCCCAUCCUGUUCGGUUUGCUGCUGUCGUUCUGGUGCGUCGUGAGACGGAAGAGGACGCACCCGGAGCUGGAGGACGAGGAGAUGCUCAGCGGACUGUUCGACGAGGUGGUGUCGCACAAGGACGGCAUGCGCGCGCUCGCGGAGGAGCAGAGCAGGGCGGUGAGGAGUCUCCAGGCGAAGCUCGACCGCGAGCAAGAGAAACGCAUCGACUUCGUCUUGGAGGUUGAAAAGGAGAAGAAGGAGCGAUUGAUGAGCGAGGAUAACAUCAAGCACGCGGUGAACGCGAACUUGAGGAGCAUGGAGAGCAAGCUCGCCGCGGAGAUGGCCGCGAGGUUAGCGCAGGCGUUGGGGAAGAAGGGCAAACGCGCGGCAAAAAAGUUUGAAAAAGAGCGCCUCCUAAAUUCGGGCGACGGCGGGACGAGGCCGGACAGCGCGGCGUCCAUCUACGAGGAGCACGAGCGGGAUUACGCGCGCAGACGAGCGGCGUUAGCGGACGACAUCGAGGCGCAGCGGAGCGCGUUUCACAAGCGGCUCGCGGAUCGCAAAGCGCGCCCAGAGCCGGGAGAGAGGCGCGAGGGGCGGGAGAGAGGCGGCGAUAGAGGCGAGCGGCGGAGCAAAAGCCGCGGUCCGCGACGCGACCGCGCGUGAAGCGGAUGGAGCGGUGAUCUCUUUAAUAUCUUUCACGUAGUGUACUACCGUAGCGAUAUCAAACCAAACCACCGCGCGGCGCGCUGCUGCUGCUGCU